AUGCGUGGCCUGGCGCAAGCUCUCCUGCUCGCGCCGGCACUGGCGGUAGCCGCUCCUUCGAGGGUCGAAUCCGACAAGGUUCAAGAUGUUUCCCCAUCAACCUUUGUCACGUUCGACAUUCCCCCAGGCUUCAACGAGGACCAGCCACGGCCUUAUACUCUUCACCUGGAGGUUGUCGAGGCUCCCUCCCCCUGCGCCUACCCCAACAUCAGGGUGAACGACAACCCGCUCUCUCAGGGCGGCCACACUCUCGGCCGUGGCACCUUUGCCGGCGACCAUGACGGCUCCACCUUCAUCGCCUCCUGGACUGCCACCUGCGCCGGUGACGAGCAGCUGCUCCUCUUCAACCUCGAGUCCCUCGCCGGCCGCUCCCUGGCCUCCGAUGUCAGCUUCACCGCCCGCUUCCGUCAGACAUCCCCGGCAUCCAUCAUCGAAGUCGUCGGGCCCGUCCGCGUGUCCACCGAGCGCCCUCAGCAACCCCCUAAACCCCUUCCCGAGCUGGACGGCCACAUGCCCCGCCCUGGUGAUGAUGAGGAUGGCCUUCUUGAGGACCCUCCUUUCCCGCCUCCUCCUCAUCACCACGUCGGUAACCACCCCGACCGCCCUCACCCGCCGCCGCCGCCUCACCACGAUCCCGAAGUCGACGCCGAGCUGCGCGAAAUCGACUGCCUGCGCCAUCAGCUUCAUGCCCUGAAGCACCUCAUCCACGAGAAGGAGUCCCGCCUGGCCCACGAGCACGGCAUCCGCCCCCACCGCCACGGCCUGCGCGAGUGCGACUCCCUCAAGUGUGUCCUCGACACCCUGAUGCACAGCGUCGGCGGCGGCUUCCGCGGAGGUUUCCACGGUUUCGGUGGUGGUCACCAUCGCCGUCCCCACGGACCCCCUCACGGCCCGCCUCCCACCUGCGGUGCCUUCCCCUUCCCCGGCCACGGCAACCACACGCACGGAAACCACACAGCGCCGCCUCCUCCUCCUCCUCCUCCGGGUUUCUGCCACUGCCUGCCUCCUCCUGAUGGCCCCCCUGACGGCCCUCCUGAGCCGCCUCACGGACCUCCUCCCCCGUUCGACGAGGAGCCUCCUCACCAUGGCCCUCCCCACCACGGUGGCCCUCCCAACGACCACGGCCCACCUCCCCCUCCUCCUCCUCCCCCGGGCCCUCCUGAUGACGAGCAUGAACACCCUCUAGCCCCCCAAGACCACCGCCGUCCUCACCCUCACAGCAACCACCACCAUGGCUCUCCUCCUCCUCCCCCUCCCCCUCCGCACCACCACAUGCCUCUCUUCGCCAAGAUCUCCGCGUCCGUAAUCUUCCUCGUGGGCUUCCUCUUCUUCCUCCGCGCCCGCUGCUCCUCGCGCCUCGCAGACCGUCGAGCCCGUCGCCAGCGCCGCCGCGAAGCCCGCGAGGCCCGCAAGGCAGCCUUCACGGCCUCCGUCCACGCCCUCUGGACCCGCAUCUUCGCGGACCGUCGUCUCGACCACGCCACCUUUGACGACGAGGAGAAGCAGGCGUUCCUCUCGGGCCGCUACCGCUCCGGCUCCGGCUCCGGCGCUUCCGUCUGCAACGCCGCCGCCGCGGCCACCGUUGAUGCCGACGAUAGUUACGACGAGGACAGCAUGUCUCAGGAGAUUGUCGAGUUCCGCAACGCCGCGACAAUGGUCACUGAGAUGGUCGCUGCUGAGGAGAACCGCGCGAGGAGACAGAUGCUCCUGGCUCAACAACGCCAACAACGCCAACAACAGCAGCAGCAGCAGCAGCACCAGAUGAGGUCGAUGGCCCCGCCCAGCCCGACAACGGCUUUCGCAGAGUACAUGGGCGACGACGUGCUCCCCACCUACGACGAGGCCGCGCCGUCCGUGGUCGUGUCCGAUGGCUUCAGGAGCUAUUCGCCUGGCUCGAGCGAGUAUACGCCCACCGCGCCCUCGGAUGGACCCCAGCAGGUCGAUGACGAUGUGCCCGGGGAGACUACUUCCAAGCACUAG